CGUGUAUGCACGGGAGGGGAGAACUAUUUUACCUCUCUUCCUCCGGCCGUUGCCCCCCUGCGCAGGUCCCCCGCCAGAACCUCCUUCACGCCGGGAUUUCCACUCCCACUGAACCCUACCGGCGGGAUCCCGAGCCCCUCCGACGAUCUCCCUUUGGCCUCUCUGAGGCAAACGGGCGGAGGCAUACACUUUCAGUUCACAACGUCCCCGCCUCAGAGAGGGGGGAGGUGCAACGAAGCCCAAGAUGGCGGCAACAUUCAGGCCGCGGGGACCCGACAGGCCUUGAAAGCCUGGGGGGGCGAGCAACGGCUGAUUUAAUUAAAGGGAGGUUCAUUGGGUGUGCUUCGGUUUUAAGGAGGCUGAAGUGGGCGGAAGGAUACCCUGUCGCCGUCUCUGUAGAGGAGGAGGAGGUGUACUUCGAUUCCAACGGCCGUUCGGUGGCUGUUGGCGGAGGGAUCCGCGCGCGGGGCCUAGCGCGGCCCGGCCUGGCCCCGGCGACGAUGGCCCCCUGAGGGGGAGCCGAGCCAAGGGGGAGAGUUUGGGGGGGGUGGGGGGGGACGGAGCUGAAGCAUGGAGGACGAGCGGCAGCGGGGCGAGGGCGAGGCGGCCUGGCAGGGCUGGGCGGGGGGAGGCGAAGAGCGGGCACCCCAGCCCACACUACCACCACCGGGGUCCCCAGUCAGCAGAGGGGGCAAGGGUGGGGCAGGCAAGGGAGGGGAGUGGGGGUGUGAGGGGGGGGAGCCUCCUGAUGCCUUCUUGCCGCCCCCCGAAUGCCCCGUUUUCGAGCCCACGUGGGCCGAAUUCCGCGACCCCCUGGGCUACAUCGCCAAGAUCCGGCCCAUCGCCGAGAAGAGCGGCAUCUGCAAGAUCCGGCCCCCUGCGGACUGGCAGCCCCCAUUUGCAGUGGAGGUCGAUAACUUCCGGUUUACCCCACGCAUCCAGAGACUCAAUGAGCUGGAGGCCCAAACCCGAGUGAAACUCAACUACCUGGACCAGAUUGCCAAGUUUUGGGAGAUCCAGGGCUCCUCGCUCAAGAUCCCCAACGUGGAGCGGCGCAUCCUUGACCUGUAUAGCCUCAGCAAGGUGGUACUGGAGGAAGGCGGCUAUGAGUCCAUCUGCAAGGACAGGCGCUGGGCACGGGUGGCACAGCGCCUGGCCUACCCCUCGGGCAAGAAUAUUGGGUCCCUGCUGCGUGCUCACUAUGAGCGCAUUAUCUACCCCUAUGAGAUGUACCAGUCUGGUGCCAACCUCGUGUGCACGGCGCGUCCCUUCGAGAGUGAGGAGAAGGAUAAGGAGUACAAGCCCCACAGCAUCCCGCUGCGCCAGGCUGUCCAGCCCUCCAAGCUCAACACUUAUGGGCGCCGUGCUAAGCGCCUCCAGCAGGAUGACUUGGAGGCCUGCCCCAGCUUGGCCAGUGCUGUGGCCCCACUGCCUGAGCAUGUCCCCCUGUCCUGGCCAGAGCCCACUGAGGAGGACAUUGAGAAGAACCCUGAGCUGAAGAAGCUGCAGAUCUAUGGGGCUGGCCCCAAGAUGUUGGGCCUAGGGCUGGUGGCCAAGGACAAAACCCUACGCAAGAAAGACAAGGAGGGCCCUGAAUGCCCUCCAACAGUUGUAGUGAAGGAUGAGCCACCAGGGGUGGAGCCUAAGCCAGAGCCAGGCUCCCCACACACCUUCCUGGAUCCCAAGGAGGAGCUGCGGCACAGCCCUGAGCCCUGCACCAAGAUGACCAUGCGUUUGCGGCGCAACCACAGCAGCAACCAGUUCAUCGAAUCGUAUGUGUGUCGCAUCUGCUCACGGGGGGAUGAAGACGACAAGCUGCUGCUGUGCGAUGCCUGCGAUGACAAUUACCACAUCUUCUGCCUACUGCCACCCCUGCCCGAGAUCCCCAAGGGCAUCUGGCGCUGCCCCAAAUGCGUCAUGGCGGAGUGCAAGCGCCCCCCCGAGGCCUUUGGCUUUGAGCAGGCCACACGGGAGUAUACGCUGCAGAGCUUUGGCGAGAUGGCCGAUGCCUUCAAGGCUGACUACUUCAACAUGCCUGUCCAUAUGGUGCCAACAGAGCUGGUGGAGAAAGAGUUCUGGCGCCUGGUGAACAGCAUUGAGGAGGACGUGACAGUGGAGUACGGUGCUGAUAUCCACUCCAAGGAGUUCGGCAGCGGUUUCCCCAUUAGUGAUGGGAAGAGAAAGCUCUCUCCCGAGGAGGAGGAGUAUGCGCAGAGUGGCUGGAAUCUGAAUGUGAUGCCAGUGCUGAAGCAGUCGGUGCUAUGCCACAUCAAUGCUGACAUCUCAGGCAUGAAGGUGCCCUGGCUUUACGUAGGCAUGGUCUUCUCGGCAUUUUGCUGGCAUAUCGAGGACCACUGGAGCUACUCCAUCAACUACCUCCACUGGGGCGAACCCAAGACAUGGUAUGGCGUGCCAUCCUUUGCGGCUGAGCACCUAGAGGAGGUGAUGAAGAAGCUAACACCUGAGCUCUUCGAGAGCCAGCCCGACCUGCUGCACCAGCUUGUCACCCUCAUGAACCCCAACACCCUCAUGGCCCAUGGUGUGCCGGUGGUACGGACCAACCAGUGUGCAGGUGAAUUCGUCAUCACCUUUCCCCGGGCCUAUCACAGCGGCUUCAACCAGGGCUACAAUUUCGCGGAGGCAGUCAACUUCUGCACUGCUGACUGGUUGCCAGCUGGGCGCCAGUGCAUUGAGCACUACCGGCGCCUGCGGCGCUACUGCGUCUUCUCACAUGAGGAGCUCAUCUGCAAGAUGGCCGCCUGUCCCGAGAAGCUGGACCUCAACCUGGCGGCCGCCGUUCACAAGGAGAUGUUCAUCCUGGUGCAGGAGGAGCGCAAGCUGCGCAAGGCAUUGCUUGAGAAGGGCAUCACGGAGGCAGAACGUGAGGCCUUUGAGCUGCUGCCGGAUGAUGAGCGCCAGUGUGACAAGUGCAAGACGACUUGCUUCCUUUCGGCCCUGGCCUGCUACGACUGCCCACCCCACCUUGUUUGCCUCUACCACAUGGAUGACCUGUGCAAGUGCCCCCGCAGCCGCCAGUACCUCAGGUACCGCUACACACUGGAUGAGCUGCCCGCCAUGCUGCACAAGCUGAAGGUGCGGGCUGAGUCCUUUGACACCUGGGCCAACAAAGUCCGUGUGGCUCUGGAGGUGGAGGAUGGGCGCAAGCGCACACUGGAGGAGCUGCGGGCACUGGAGUCGGAGGCACGAGAGCGGCGCUUCCCCGAGAACGAGCUGCUGCACCGGCUCAAGGUGGUGCUGAGCCAAGCCGAGCGCUGUGUCUCUGAGGCCCUGGGGCUCAUCAGCAGCCAGGAGACUGGGGUGCCUACGUCCCCGCUGACAGUGGAGGAGCUGCGUGCCUUCCUGGAGCAGAUGAGCCAGCUGCCCUGUGUCAUGCACCAGAUAGGAGAGGUCCAGGCACUGCUGGCUGAGGUAGAGGCAUGGCAGGUGGAGGCACGGGCGGCACUGGGGACAUUGCCAGCAGGGGUGGUGCAGCUGCGGGGGCUGCUGGAGCGUGGUGCCCGCCUGGGUGUGGCAGUGCCUGAGGGGCAGCAGCUGGAGCAGCAGGCAGCGCAGGCAGCCUGGCUGGAAGAGGUGAAGCGGGCAGUGAGGGGGCCCCGUGGGCACAUACCACUGCCUGAGCUGCGCGGGCUCGUGGCUGCUGGCACCUCUGUGGCCCCCAGCCCUGCAGUGGACAAGGCCAUGGCUGAGCUCCAUGAGCUGCUUGCUAUUGCCCAGCGCUGGGAAGAGAAGGCCCAGAUGUGCCUCGAGGCCAGACAGAAGCACCCCCCAGCCAUGCUGGAAGCUAUCAUCACAGAGGCUGAGAACGUGCCUGUGCAGCUGCCCAACAUCCAGGCCCUCAAGGAAGCUCUGGCCAAGGCCCGAGCCUGGAUUGCUGAUGUGGAAGAGAUCCAGAAUGGGGACCACUACCCAUGCUUGGAUGACCUGGAGGGACUGGUGGCUGUGGGUCGGGACCUGCCAGUGCGGCUGGAUGAGCUGCGGCACCUUGAGGUGCAGGUGGGCGCUGCCCACUCCUGGCGCGACCGGGCUGCCCGCACCUUCCUCAAGCGCAACUCUGCUUACUCCCUGCUUGAGGUGCUGUGCCCAUGUGCAGAUGCUGGAUCAGACGGUGCCAGGCGCCGUCGGGAGCAGGAGCCUGGGCUUUACAAGUCAGACACAGAAAGCCUGGGACUGUCAGCCCAGGACCUGCGUGAUCCGGGUGCUGUGAUCCUGGCGUUCAAGGAGGGCGAGCAGAAGGAGAAAGAGGGCAUGCUGCGGCGCCGGCAUACUAACACCCAGCACCCACCAGCCCCUGGUGCCCCAGCCUGUGUGUGUGGGCAGCCCCCGGGCCCCAGCAUGCUGCAAUGCCAGUUGUGCCAGGACUGGUUCCACGCUGGUUGCGUGGCCUGGCCCCGCCUGGGAGCCCAGCGCCCCUCACCUGCUUGGUGGGAGUGGGAUGCCAAGGUGCUGUGCCCACUGUGCCAGCGCUCGCGACGCCCACGCCUUGAAACCAUCUUGGCCCUGCUGGUGGCACUGCAGAAACUGCCUGUGCGAUUGCCUGAGGGUGAGGCCCUGCAGUGCCUCACAGAGCGUGCCAUCACUUGGCAGCACCGGGCACGCCACCUCCUGGCCUCACCUGAGCUGGCUGGGCCCCUGGAACAGCUGGCAGCCCUGCGGCAGCGCCUGGCUGGUGAUGCUGGUGCCCUGCAUGAAGCCAGCUGCAAUGAGCAGCACAAGGACUCGACUUGCCUCCCCCAGGUCUCAGUGGAGAAUGGAGAUGCUGCAGCACCUGAGAAGAAUGGCCCUUAUGCCACAGACCUGGAGGUGCUGUGCUUGGCGCUGCCACGGCUGCAGGGACCUGUGCUGGAGCUGGGUGAGGGGCCAUUCCGAGUGCUGGACGAGUUGCUGGUGGAGGGCGACCUACUGGAGGUGACGCUGGAUGAGGCCCAGAGUGCCUGGCGUCUGGCUCAGGCUGCCCGCCCACCCCCUGUUGCUACCUUCCGCCUUCUACUUGAGCUGGAGGCGGCAGAGCGUCAGGGGGCGCGGGCCCGGGGCCCUGAGCGGCGCCGGAAGCGCAGGCCUGAGCGCACAGACCCAGCGCCCCCAUCCCAGGAGGAACUAGAGCCAAAGAGGAGCAGGGGGGCUGAGGCGGGGCCCCCUGAGGACAGCCCCCCACCCCCCCUGGACCCCAACACCCACCACCAGCCCCCUGGGUUGUGACGCCCGGUGCGCCCCCCGGACCAUAUUUAAAGGCUGCCUGGCCAUGGGUGAGGAACCUCCCCCCCCCCAAUCACGGACAGACCUUCAUGGGGGGGGGGCAGGGCUGCCCCACCCCUGCCUGUCAGCCCCACCCCCAGCCAUGCCAGGUGCUGGACUCUGCUGUAAUUAUCUUGUUGGAUUUCCCUCUUUUGUAUUUGGACUGUAGGGGGGAACCAGGACUACUGUGCUCCCCCAAUCUGGAUGUUGGGGGAGGUGGGAGGCCUGGUUCCAAACCCAACCCCAACCUUGCCCCAUGGACAUGGACAGCACCCCACCUCAUGUAGGGGAGGGGCAGGGGCUUUUUAUAGGAAUUGGACCCCUGAGGUUGGGGGGGGGGGGGGUGCUCCAUAGGGAGUGCCCCCUAGCCUGGCGCUGACACUAACCUGUCCUCAUCUCUUUCUAGUGUUUUCUCUUUAGGGGGUGGGGGGUGGGGCCAGGUCAGGGGGUGGGGCAUAUUAUUUUAUUGUAUUAUGAUUUUUUUUAUUAUUAUUAUUAUUAUUAAACUUUGGAAGCUAAACCA